AUGUUGAUAGUGAUAGACAGGAUAAACAUAAAGACAAGCAUAGGGAAUAGUGUAAUAGAAGCAAUAGGUACAAAAACAUCUGUAUCAAUAGAGGAGGGCGUUGUAUUUUAUAGUAAUUCAAGUAUUACUGUGGCAAAUUCACUGGUUAAUACUGCUAUACCGUAUAUGAAAAGCAGUAUUAGUGUUACGGGUAUGUACAAGAAAGAGUUAAAACUAGAUUUAGUGAAUGUGGAUGUACCAGAAUCAGUCACAUCUGCAGUGAUACUUCUAAUUCUUGCAGUGAGGGACAUUAACAAGUACAUUUCAAUGAACAAGGACUUAUUCGUGCUACCAGAGAGAGAGAAGGCACAGAAUAUACAGGAUAUGAACAAAAAUCCAAUCUUACUUAUUUCUGAGUGUAAGCUAACGGGAGUACAUAAAGAUACGCCAUGUAUUGUAUCCGCACAUGAUACGGUGCUGUGCACUGAUAAUAUUUUAGUUGAUAGGUUAGAGUUAGUAUACGGAGAGAGUUCAAUAUUGAGUGUACGGCCUGUCCAGAUACUUAUGCAUGAAGUAAUUGAAAUAAUAUUCACUAAUACAGAAGUACUUGUACCGUGCGAUGAUAUUCUUAAUUCAAUUAUGAUGGAUAUAAGAACUGUUUAUAUGGCAGUGGGUAUAGACAAAAAAGCAGAGGGAAAUGGGCAUAAAGUGAAUAUACCGAUGAUAGAAGAGAAUGCAGAGGGGUUAAGCACACCAGAGCAUAUUUUAUCAGUGGAUGCUAAUUUAUCUGUUGAGCAUAUAUCAGAAGGAGUAAUUCCUAAACAGGAGUAUAAAGGGGCACAUAUGGUAAUUACACUCAGAAAUACAACAGUACAGAUAAAUAAUGCAGGGACAGUGGCAACUGUAUAUUCAUCAGACAUAUCGAUUAGUAUAGCAGAAAUAAUCCAAGUUAAGGCACUCUCAGCGGAUGUUCACUAUAAAAAUGGACUACUUAAAGCAGUAGGGCAUAAGUUAGUUUAUAAUCCAGAUGAAAAGCGUGUUAUUGGAUCAUUUACGUGUGAAGGAUCACUUGAUGUUGAUUUAUACGUACUACUUGUGAACAGAAUAUUCUUUAUACUUGAUGGGUAUACUAUUAUAAUGGACAGUCCAAUUUAUGGUGUACCAACUAUCCCGGGACUGAACGACUUGAUUGAUCCAGAGAUGGAGGAAGAAGAAUCAGAUAAUAGAGAUUUAGUGGUUAAUGUGGAUGUGAGUACCGGUAUAACUGUACUAAAGGACACUUAUGUUCUCUGUAAAACAGUUGCACAGUUGCAUGCACAUGUGAUAAAAGACCAAUUGUACCAUGGGGUCAUUACAAUUACAAAUAUUAAGGGGUGGAGUGAUGGGCUGCUUAUAUGCAGUGCACCAGAAGUAACGGUUAAUUUUGCAAAAAUAAGUCGGCUGAUUAAGUCGGCUAGUAUAGUGAUAGAGAAGGCAGAAAUAGCAGAUACAAUCGGGUUGUUCUUGGACAUGUUUGGACUGUUUACUAAGGUAAAUUUCAAUAAUGGAGUACCAACUGUCCCCACUAUGAUCGAUAUAAAGUGCAAAGUAUCCCAUCUUAUACUACGAACAGAUCAAGCACUUAUAACGAUAAGCAAAUUUGCCAUGAUCAAUUCGUACAUGCAGCUAGCACUUGCAGUCUCUUUAAAUGAGAAGCAGAUACUUAAAGACCCACUCAACAUAAAAGUCCGGCUGUGUGCGCAUGAGAUGCCAGAAAUGCACAUAAGCAUUGAUCCAAUAGAAAGCAAGGUUAUAGAAAAAAGUGACAUAGAAGGAAUGCUUAAUGUGUACAACAGGCUAAACCAGGCAAGAAUUCAGAAAUAUCCCAUCCCAGCUAACAGUACAAUAAGAAUAGAGUGCGGACUAAUUUCCAUGAGCGUACAGCAACCACCAAUAAAAACAGAAGUAGUACAGCUUACACUUGCAAUUAUUCAAUUAGAGAGUAAGUGCUCAGUGGACAUGAAUGGUUCUGCAAUGUGCCGAGUAUUUGUUAGCAUACCAGAAACCCAGGAGUACGAAAUAAUGUGCGAGACAUUCCCGAUAAAUAUUUCGAUGCAGACACAAAUUAAUGUUGAAAAGGAGAAUACUGGCUUCUGCAGUCUCCCAUUCGCAGAAGAGAAAAAGGAGGAGUCCCUGUUAGUUGCAUUUUUGUCACUAGUGGCCAAAGACACCAUACGGAUUAGACUCAGUAAAAGGAUUGUAGAAGCACUGAAGAGAACAAAAAAGACCGUACACCUGACAAACCUGACAAAUCAGUCAAUUAUAGUAAAUGACGUAAGCAUAAGCCCAUUGACAUCAACUGUGAUAGAGAGUCAAAGAAUGCACAUUCUCACGGACAAGAAUGACAUUCUGUUUAAGCAGCACACCCCUGGGUAUAAAGAAGCCACGCAGAUGUCAAACAAGUUAUACAUGGGAACAUUUAAAGAAGAGACUGCCGUUAUACGAGGGGGAACAAAUUUUAAGAACAUAACAGAUACGCCAAUUUUCAUACGGGUGGGUGAAGAGAAAAUACUAGUCCCACCAUUCUCAGAGUGUUCACACACUUCAGUCCUAACAGAAUUCACAGCAGCAAUUGAGAACAGCCAGGAAUCAUCAGCAAGUGUACUGUUUGAUAUCCCAGAGAGAAGGGAUUAUUCAAAGCAGAUUCAUGUAAUUGGUCUGCAAAGGAUCGUGCAUGGAGAGUCUUAUAUUACGGUAGCAUGCUUAUUUGAGGUUGUGAGUAACCUUCCGAUACUUCACUAUUUAUUCCACCACGAAUUUAUUCUCCGUAACCUUACGCUGGCCACGGUUGGGUUUGAGAUAAAAAUAAGUGCAAAGUCAAAAACAGAGAAGAUUCUUGCAACUGCCCAGUCCGGGGAGAUCAAGCAAAUAUCCGGGAACAAGGAAAUAGAAAAAGUUAAAAAAAUCAGGCUCAAAAUUAAUUCAAAUGCCGAUUUAUUUUUAUUCCCGUAUGAGUCAUCAUCAAAGGUUACCGUAUCAAAAGGGAUUAUUGCAGCAAAAGAGGCCAAGACUGUUUUAGUGAGUGGGUGCCCAGUGGACAUUGGAAUAAUCCAGGUGACAAUAUACCCCGUACUUAUCGCAAUAAACAAGACCCAGGACGAUCUCCAUCUAAAAUCAGGAAGUACUCUGUGCGCGAUCCCGUAUGACCAGCAAGUGACUGUUAUAACAUCAAGAGACAAGCACUCAAUUGUAUUCAAUAAGUGUGAGAGUAAAGCAUUCAGUUCUAAGAUACAGUAUAACACGGUGUUCUUGGACAUAAAGUCAACCUACCAGAUGAACUAUCUUAUGAACAUAUACCAAGGAGAGGGAUCCAAAGAGAAGAUCAAGUAUGUGGUUGUAGAGUAUGCGAAUGUGAUUGAGAACAAGACGGGAUUAGAUUUAACGAUAGUCACGGACAGAGAAUUUACUUGUGGGACGGGAGAAAGAGUGCCCAUGCACUUCCCAAGAAAGAAGUUUAGUAGUUGGAUACGGCUGGGGUCACCCAGAGAUGAUUUUAAAUUUGAGUCUGGGUCACCCGCACAGGAAGCAUCAUCAGACAUGACCGAUUACAUCCUGGAUCUAGAAAAGUCUGUUGAUGCAAGCUAUCUGCCGCUAGAAGGGUUGAAGAAGCACUUUGUCAAACUGAACACUGCAUCAAAAGGCAUAAAUUCUGCGGGUAUGCUGUCCUCUGCUAUUACAAGCAGGUCGUCCAUAUACUUAAACAAGAGUACAAGCAGUUUCUCUAUGAACACCGUACUAGAACAGCCAGCAGAGGCAGAUGAGGGUGAAGAGGCAUUCUGUGUAAAUAAUUCAAUUCUUCUGUCGAUUACGAUACAGACCAAUAAUUCACAGCGAGUGAUCCUGAUAGAAAAAGAAGACACCUGGCCGUACCUUAUAAAGAAUAUGUCACAGAAGAAGAUGCAGUUCUCACAGAAAGGGUAUCCGAUUGAGUACAUUCUAAAGCCAAAUGAGGUACUUCCUUAUUACUGGGACAGUUUUAAAGCACAGCCAGCAUUUAAUGUGGAGAUUGAUGGCCAGACUCUGAAGAUAUCUGAUUUCUCCGUGGUGACUGCAGGCGGGUUUAAAGCCACACUUACAUCAGAGAGGCAGAUUAAGGUUUUAACAGUCACUGAGCAAACCCAGGAUAUAAGCACAGAUGCAUCAACAACCCAGGGAACACUUAUUAGAGCCAGAACGGGAAGGGUCUCUGUUAGUUUAAUGGACAGAGAGGAGAUUGAAUUUGCUGCAGUGCACUUGUUUAAUAUCCAGCUGGUCUCGCUGUUUUCACCGAAUGGGCUGGAGUUCCUCUUUAAAAUGGACAGCUUCCAAAUGGACAAUCAAGAGACAAAGGGGUACUACCACAUACCAAUGCAUACUCCGAUUACGUCAGAUGUGCUGAGCGUAUCUGGAUGGAUUGUUAAUCAGAAUGUGAUCCGGUAUAUGAGCAUAGUGAUUCUUCCCGUGGUCCUGGAGAUAGAAGAGGUGUACAUGAAAAGGGUAAUUGAGCACUUUGUCCCACUUGCAGAGCCAAUAGAGAAUCCGAAGUACUUUAUCAUGUGCAGCGUAUGCCGGUCCCUUAACUGUACGUGUACGUAUGUAGACCAUACAACAACACGGUCGGUGUACAUGGCACUGGGAUACUUCAAAAUUGAGGCGGUCAAGUUCAAGUGUUCAUUCAGACGGGCCCCGCAUGGGUCGAUAGUUCCACUUUCAUCUGUAUUCUGUAACAUCACAAGCAGUAAAGUCUCCCUGCCCAGUAUAGAAUUAUUUGAUAUUUACGCCAGGACGUACGAGGUAUACCAUAUAAUUGGAAGAAUGUACAAGAGGGGGUUCAUUCGGAAUAUUGUGUCUCUGGUCUUAUCAGCAGAUGUGGUUGCCAGUCCUGGGGAGUUAUUUGACAAACUAGGAGUGGGUGUGCACGACUUAAUAUACUCACCGUACAGAGCACUGGAUAAUCCAGCACUUCUGUCGAAGCAGCUGCUUAAAGGAGGGAAGAGUCUGGCAACAAAUGUAGUAACUGGCGUGGCAGGGUUUGUUGGGAAUGUUAUGGGGAAGUUUUCUCAGAAGCUAGCGGAUAUUUCAAUGGAUGAAAAUUUCGCAGAAGCAAUCCGGGAGACCAGCUGCAUUUACAUUGACGAGCUGGAUAUGGGACUACCAGGCCAUAAGACGCACCUUUCAAAGGCAGGAGAGAAGUUCAUGGGAUCUGUCAUAAGCGGGUUUAAAGGAGUUGUGCACAGUCCAAUGCAAGGAAGAAGGUCUAACGGGAUUAGUGGCAUGGUACAGGGUGUAGGAAAAGGCCUUCUAGGCGCAAUAAUUAAGCCAAUAUCAGGUGCCGUGGGUCUAAUGCAGGGAAUAUCUACAAGUAUAACAGGCGUCCUGGGGAAUGAUAAACCCCUUCUUAGAAUCCAGCUACCAAGAGCCCCACCCUUAGACAAUGUACCAGUGGAGUACGAGGUUGAAAGGAAUUCUUAUUACAGGGCGUAUGUCGUGCUUAUCAGAAACGACAGUACAAAGCGAGAUGAAAGGUUCAUAACAGGCGGGAUAUGCACGAUGGAGUAUAUCGGAUGGUUUGUUUUAAUUACAAACAUGCGAGUGAUCCUGUACAACAAAGAGGAAGUGCAGGAGAUACCCGGGAUAGUGACUGCACAAGAAAAAGAGAAGCACACAGUAAUAACGGUAGACACAAUAGAAAUAUAUUUGGAGGGACUACGAGUAUUUAGGGAAAUAGGUAAAUACAGUAGUCUAAUGAUAGUGAGGCCAAUUAAGGACCAUUCAUAAUCCAGGGAUAUCAUAAAUCUAGU